AUGACACAUGUGAGUGGAAAACAUUUUCAACUAAUCAAGAAAAUUAUUGAAUCGAACAACGCUAUAAAAAAAUCGACAUCUGCAACGGUUAAACAAUUUCAAGCGCUCUACGAAGAGUUUAUAGCGGCCAUUAGCACUACUUAUAAACUUCUUGAAACAGUAAAAGAUGUGGCAGAUAUUUUCCUCGAUGAGGAAAAGAUGAAGCUUCUUGAACAAUUCGAACCAUUACAAAAUGUUCAGUUAGCUGUUUGUGGAUACAACUCAUCAGGUAAAACUUCGUUUCUUCACGAUUUCCUAGGAUGCGGCAAAUUUCUACCUACCAAUAUUGGAGCCACAACAGCAAGAAUUGUCAAAUUUUCGUAUAAGCCUGUGAAUGAAACGUACAUAAGAGAGGUGGAUUCAUUUCUAACACUGGUCGAGCAAGAAAACUCUAGAACUGAUUUAUCAGUAUACUUCGCGGAUUAUGAGCGAUCUGGAAAAGUCGAUGUACAAGGACUCAAGAAGACUGUUGGAAAGUACUUGAAAAGGCCAGAAAAGGAAACAAACCCGUCCGAUUUCGAUGAAUGGGCUUCAAUUUUCGUUGAAAUUUGUAUUCCGUCCUCUGUGCUGGAACUUGGCAUAGACGUCUACGAUACUCCUGGAUUUUUGGCAAGUGAUAAUCCGAUAUUAUGUCAAAAUUUGUUAACUCUCGUUGCCGCCAUGCGACCAUCGCUUCUGUUUCUUUAUGAAAAUGCAACAGUAUCUGGUGAUUCUCGUAGUUGCUUUGAUCAGCUGAAAAAUACUCUGGGGCUUCAUUUUCAAGCCACAGGUAUCUUUUUCUUGAAUACUAAAGCUGAUGUGGAUACUAUCCUUGACGACAAUGCUGAUGCUGAUGAGGAUAUUACUCCUGGUGAGAACGAUGAUGCUGAAGUGGAUACUAUUCCUGGUGAGAAUGAUGAUGCUGAAGUGGAUACUAUUCCUGGUGAGAAUGAUGAUGCUGAUGCUAAAAGUCUAUGUAAACUCCUAGAAAAAAUACGAUCAGACCGGUACAAGCUUCUAUUGGAAGUGAAUGAAAUGAACAGUGAUUUGUUGAACGAAAACAUGAACUCCGUUAAAAAAUGUGAUUACUUCGACAUUUUCACUACUCAUUCCCCUGAACACCCAAUGGCACAAAAAAUGAAGAGCAAUACGAUCGUUCGAAUCAUUAAAUUCACUGCCAAACACGAUUUACGGAGUACACGUCAAAUUAUUGGCAUAAUUUUAGCUGCUAUUGAUACAUUCUUUGAUUUUGUCCUUAUUACAAAUCGACGAUCAGAAAAAGAAUGGGAUAAGUUGAAAAAUGAAGCACUUCAGUGGGGAGAAGAGCUUUUCCAGCAAUCUCAUGCAAAUAUUGAUAAUAUCCUGAGUGAGGCAAAGAAGCGUCUACCUUCAAAAUUUCGUGAAUGUCGUAAAGAUAUUGAGCGACGAGCAAUUGACAAUGUUAAAAUGCCAUGGUACAACAAAAGUGCAGCUGCUAUGUUGGCUACGGCGCCAUUCAGAGCUGCUUACGCUACGGCUAAACUGUCGAUUCCUGAUGAUGAACCAGAAGCAGAUAUACAAUUCGUUAAUUUGCUUGUCGAAAACCACGUUUUGAAACCUAUUCUGAAUGAGGUUGUAAAAGAAAAUAGCAAGAAAAUUGAGACGUCAAUUGAUCAACAAUCGUCGUUGACAUAUGGUAUCAAGAACGAACUAAGAAAUGCAGCUUAUCGAGCAAUCAUCAUGCACACUGGUAAUAUAGGCACCUUCGCUUACCACGUUACGUUCAAAAAUGUGCUUGUAAAAGCGCUUCACAUGUUGAUGGCAGCACUUUGGCUACCAAUUGCAGCUAUUUCCACCAUCGUCUGCGCACCAUUAAUUUUAAUAACUAGAUACAUCAAUCACCGAAAAAAGCAAUGUCGUUGUCAAUCAUAUGUUCCAGACCAACGUAAAUACGUUGAACGUUAUUUAUCACGCGUCGAAGAAAGUUUAUCGAACAUGGAUGGUUGCAUGAAGAAGGAUUUAAACGAAUGGCUUGAUAAAGAACAAAUAACAUAUAGGAACAAAGUAAAUUCCUAUCAUCGAAUUGUCAUUAAGACAAUUCGUUAUCGUAAACAGGCAUACGCAUUAGCUCGAAAGUUCGCAUCAAAAUUUGCUAGCAUGGAAUGUCGAUUAGUAGCUAAUCUUGAUCUAUCUGAGCACCAAGGAGCUCCACCAGUGAUUGAAGAAAAAACAAUCGGAACUGGAGGCUUUUUCUUCGUCCAUCCGGCAUCUUGGGGCACUCAAGAACGUCUUGUUGUCAAAUCAUUACGAGAUCCUGCCGCGCACCCGGAGCAUGUCUACAUGGAAGCUCAUUUUCAUAGAGCAGUUACUCGUCUUGGUAUCAAUCAUAUCGCUCCUCUCAGGUACCUGUUCGAAGAAGCCAGCGAGCCAUCCAAACUAUUUAUUUUAUUGCCCUUUUAUCCAACUAAUUUACACACCUAUCUGAUUAAUCACAUGCACGAGAUCUCUUUGGAUAAGGCCGUUCAAAUAUCGUCGGACAUUGGUCGAGCUGUGUUGGAAAUGCAUGCUCAUGAGCUCGUCCAUAGAGAUAUCAAAGUUUCUAAUAUUCUUCUCGAUGGUGAAAAUCAAGUAUUUUUAGCCGACUUUGGCACUUGUCAACAUGGAACGGAAAAUGAAACCAUCUUUCUAAGUCGUCCAUAUGCACCUGAACUCGUUCCAAAAGUUACAACCUCCAGCGAUCAUCAAUUUUCGUACGAAGGCUCAGCACUCGAUGUUUUUUCAAUCGGUGUAUUGAUGUAUACUGUAGCUCCUAAAAAAUCUUACGAUUUACCUAAUCAGAUUACUCGAGCUCAUAUCGAUGCUCUAGACCAAACUCUAAUUCCGCAAACCUACCGAACGCUUAUGCUCCGUUGUCUUGAUGAGGUUCCAAAAAAUCGACCCAAUGCAAAAGAAGUUGUGGAGCAACUCAAUACCAUCGCCGAUCAAGUCGCAAUGUCGAAGCCAUGUUUGAAGUGCUUUGAGAACCCACGCUAUGCUCGAUGUUUACCAUGUCGGCAUAAGACGAUGUGUACGGCUUGUCUCAACGAGAUGCGGCAAAAUGAUCAACGACCAAAAUGUAUUUUGUGCAGAGGGAUUUACACCAGUAUCGAGGAAGAUACUGAUAGUGAUACAUAUAAAGUAGCAACAGUGUCGAAAAAGUGA